AUGCCCAGUGCACCCAGAUCAAAGGCAUGCCAAGUUUGCAAGGCCCGCAGAAUCAAGUGCGACCAAAAUUGGCCAACAUGCACGCCCUGUAAACUUAAGAAUGUCAAUUGCCCUGGACCGUCAGUGUUGACUAAGUUUGUAAAUUUUGAUCCCAAAUCAUCAGGUCCAGUUAUCCCGAACAAGAUCACGGAUGGCCAACGCUCUGCCCAACAGCCAGCACAAGGUGCUGAGCUGCAACCAACAAAACGGAAGAAGGUCAAAUUUCGAGUCGCCGGCCAGAAUGAAGAUCAGGCGUAUUAUUACACCUUCCGAUUACAUGCGGCGAAACCUACCCCGAACCUGACCACUGGGGCAGAGCGUGUUUCUGCGCGGCUGAUAACGCAUCUAAACACUGCCUCAAGUCGAGGUAUCUUAACUCUAUUAGAGUACCUACGCGACCUUCCACAACACAUGAGCUACAAUCCGAGCCUCCGAGACUCGGUUGACCUCUUCUGCACUGCGUGGGCUUCCUACCGUCGUGGUCAGGAAGCGGACGAAUUCAUUGAUAUGCCUGCAUACGGCAAAGCCAUCCGUAGCCUACGCCGGACAUUGCAAAGCGACAAGGCCAUCACCUUGCAAACACUAGCCUCAAUGGUGAUACUGGGUCGUGCCGGGGAGUUCUUCGAUCCAGGCCAAAACUUGGGACAGUCUAUGCAUGAGAAGGGGCUGGCUCACAUGAUCAUGCAACUCGGCGCUCCAAAGCCUGAUGAUCACCUCCAUAGGUUUCUUAUGGUUGAAGCAUUUGGAAUACUGCUCCCAUAUUUCAUCAUGACAGGCGAAACCAAUUUCAUGAAUCAGGCACCAUGGGGUGAUAUAAUCAAGGAUUGCAUAAUCGAAAAAGCGAAGGGGACGCAUCUACUACUGCCUUUACUCGUCCACUGCUCGAUUGGUGACAAGAUACCCAAGAUACUCCACGAGUGUCCCAUUCUCCGACGAAAUCCGUUUAACCCAGAGACAUUUGACCGCGCCAUGUUAACCAUAGCGGAGCUUCAGCAAAUGGAUGAUGAAGCAGAUAAGGCCUUGCCGUAUGCAAUCCAGAAUUGCGUCCGAGCUAAGCAGAUGAUAGAACGGCCGGACUCCAAUGGCCUCACCGAAACGAGUUACGAAUUCCCCAACAUUUUUGUUCCCAGGAUUCUCAUGGCCUUGUGCUACAUGAAGCUUACCAUUCUACGCAUGCGAUAUGACUGGAGUGACAUAUACCAGCUACCAAAUAAAGCGGCGCUAUAUGAGAAAACAAGAAGUCUCUGCAUCCAUCUUUGGAAAUACAUUCCGUACCUACUCAAGCUCGAGACUUUCAUUGCCUCGAUAUUCCAUUUUGGGCUGUAUUCGACCUUUGAGUUUGCGACAAGGGCCGAGAAGGAGCGUCUGCUAGAUUUCUUUGCGGAGACUGACCGCUAUAAGAGAAGAUUCCCAAUCGACAGAGAUGAGUUGGAAAAGACCAUCGUCCACCACGCGAUGCUAGUAACAGGCCGUGUGACCCUCUCUGAGAGUCCGGAUGGAGCGUAA